AUGCUUUUAGCGGCUGUGAUUUCAUUGUACAUAUCAAGGAUGGACGCUGAGGAAAUCUCUCGCCUCGAAGAAUUUUAUAAAGUACCCGCAAACUUUUACUUACCCUGUAUGGAUACCGCCAAUAAAAUAAGAGGAGGAGCUUGGAAGAAGGACGUACCGAUAGCUUUCAAGAACUUCUGGCAGGAUGCAGUGAAGAAAUCUUUUGUGCCCUAUUUCGAAAAAGUAAAGGAUCGGAAGCAUAAAGAACUCAAAGACCUUGCUUUGAAGAUAAAAAGUCCUCAUGUGAUCGUUAAAGAGAGCAGUCACAACGCAGUGGAGUAUAACUGCGGCGUCGAGAGUGGCAAAACGGGUGCUUCCUCACACUUUGGGUUCAAGAUCAGCAAGGAAUGGCUUAGUCGGAUUGAUAUUAUAAGGACCGUUGAAUCGGAACUGAAAGCGAUGUUUUUGAGCAAUAAUACCGGAUGGAAAAUUCUAGCGUUGGACGAGCUUGUUAAGGUAUCGGAACGUACAACACUUUGGCUCGGGGUGGGAUGCGCACUGGAAGACGUUGAUAAGAAUCCGGCAGGAAACUAUUCUGUCCAUUGUCGCUUCCAAGCUCGUACAGCUAAUCCUAAUCGACGAUAA